UAUGUGCGAGAUUACAUAGAUGGCGACAGAAAAACAACUGACGGUGGUGACAUAAUCAUCUAUUCUUACUUUUGUGUAAAUGAAAUGGAAGUAUGGACUGCCUAAUUCACAUCAGAAGCUAAAACCUUCGUAUGAACCCAGACGAGAAAAAUUCUGAACAAAGUGGAAUCUCUGCCGCAAGGGGUCCCAAUUCUUUGUCAGAACAAAUUCCAGAAAAAGAAGACGGAAUGAAACGUGCGGCAGCAAGACAGAUGAUAGAGAAGUAUUACUAUCAGCUAACGGAUGGUUGUGGAAAUGAAAAUUGUCAGAAUGAAGACUGUGCCUCUUGCUCCUCCUUUGCAUUUAAAGAUAAAACAAAGAAUGAACUUGCCAUCAAAGCAAUUGAUUUGUUCAAGGGUAAAGCUGACUUGUGUGGAUCGCAGCCCAGCAAAGUACCACGUGCUGAAAAUGUAGCAGGACCUUCAAAAGUCAGCAGCGAAGAAAAAUCACCAACAGCAAAGGUCAUCACAGAGGAAAAACCAUCCUCAUCCAAAGGGCAAACAACUGCUCUGUUUUCACAACAGUCAACAUGCAAUGUUAUAAAACCUAUUCCAACUUCUGCUGCUGAAACAAUAAACUAUUUAACAGAAGAGAAAGUUCUUAAGUUAAUCAAAGAUUGUGAGGAGGAAAAUAACUGGUCCAAAUUGAUCCGAGUGAUUGGUGCCACAUUUAAUAAUGCAGACUCACUCAUCAUGAGUUUCCGUAGAAAGGAGGUUAUGACAAGCUCCACCAGCACUGUGGAGGAGGAGAAAGUUUCUGAACAAGAGAGAAGUCAGUCUAGUACCUGUGACAGAGAAACGGCUCAUUCUCUAGACUUGGAGGCUGUUCGUAGAACAUUUCGCGCCUUAAUGAAGAUUCCAGACCUUCCUUAUCAGGGUGCUCUAGUGAAUGCUCUGUCUAGUUUGUCAAAGAAUGUGGAAAUGGAGCUCAGAUAUAGAAGACCUUUGGAACAAAAUCCAAAUUACAUGAAUAUAUUUUUGAUUGUGAUGGAAAUUCCCCUGGACGAGCACGUAGAUUUAUUGGAAAAUGCAUUUCCAGAGUUCUGCAAGGCACUGGGUCACAUGGAUGUUUCAGGAAAAGCUAAACUUGCCAAAAUUUGGUCCACUUUUGGAGCUGAAUGGCUGCUGCAAAUGACGAGAACUCUUCAUCAAGUGAUUACUGUCAGAAUUGCACAAAACCAUGGACGCUGGGGCCGUAUGUACCAGUUAAAUGAUGAUGAAGGCAUUGGAGGUGCAACAAAAGUGAUGAAGAUUUUGUUCUAUGCUAGCAUAAUAGGAGGAGGAUUAGACCCAGAUGCUGUUCUGGCUGAGGAGAAAGAAACAAAUGAGAGGGAAGAAAGUUUACAGGAUAUGUUGCAAGGUGGAGCUGUGGGACAUGAGCACAAAGACCUGAUUAAACCCAAGGAAGAUCCGCUGGCUCAGGAAUUAAAAGUAUCGGUUUUAGAUUGUCGCAAGCCAUUAGUUCCAUAUGAUGAGUUUGUAAAUGAACUUCUGAAUGAAUAUGUGGACAUUGAAGUAGACUAUAAGAAUAAGUUGGAAUCCAAGUUUUCUUUUAUGAAUCACAAUUUUAUAUUAAGUACUGCUUCUAAGCAUAUGUGUAUGUAUUAUGACAACAGAGUUAGAAUGUUUAAUGAGAGAAGAUCUUCCAUAUUAAACACGUUCUUAAGAGGACUACCCCCAACUCCUUUCUUACGACUUAGAGUGAGAAGAGAUCACCUCAUAGACGAUGCCUUAGUUAAUUUGGAAAUGACAGCUAUGGACAACCCCCAGGAUUUGAAAAAACAGCUCAUCGUGGAGUUUGAAGGUGAACAUGCAAUGGAUGAAGGGGGUGUGUCUAAAGAAUUCUUCCAGCUUGUUGUUGAAGAAAUCUUCAAUCCAGAUUUUGGAAUGUUCACAUACAACGAGCAAACCAGACAGUUUUGGUUUAACCCAACAUCAUUUGAAAAUGAUGGCCAGUUUACUCUUAUUGGAAUAGUGCUUGGACUAGCCAUUUAUAACAGUACCAUCGUAGAUAUCCAUUUUCCUUCAGUAGUUUACCGCAAGUUAAUGGGAAAGAAAGGCAGAUUUGAAGACUUAAAAGACUUAGAUCCGACAUUGUAUGCUAGUCUACAACACAUGUUAGAGUAUGAAGGAGAGGACAUAGAAGAUGUGUUCAUGCAGCCAUUUAAAGUUGGAUAUAAAGAUGUAUUUGGAUGUGACCUGACACACGAACUCAAAGAAAGGGGCGGGGAAAUGCAUGUCAAUCAUGAAAACAAAGAGGAAUUUGUGGAGCUGUAUUCCGACUUCAUGCUCAACAAAUCCGUCGAGAAACAAUUCCGAGCUUUUAAGCGUGGAUUUAACCUGGUGACCAGUGAGAGUCCUCUACGCAUUCUCUUCCGACCAGAGGAAGUUGAAGUCUUGAUCUGUGGGAGCACGCAUUUUGAUUUCUAUGAUCUACAAAAGUCAACAGAAUAUGAUGGAGGUUUUACAGCAGAUUCACCAACAAUCAAGCAUUUUUGGGAAAUUGUGCAUGAAUUCUCAGAAGAUCAGAAAAGACGAUUAUUACAAUUUACAACUGGAACAGACAGGGUUCCUGUAGGAGGCCUCACAAAAAUCAAACUUAUCAUCGCUAGAAAUGGCCCCGACUCGGAUAGGUUGCCAACUGCCCACACUUGUUUUAAUGUGUUGCUUCUGCCAGAUUAUUGCACCAAAGAAAAGUUGAAAGAUAGAUUAGAAAAGGCAGUGGAUUACUCAAAAGGAUUUGGAAUGCUGUGAUAUAUACAAUGUACAUGUAUUUUUUAUUGCCAGUUCUGUUUAUACAUCAAAUGUAUACUGCAUCUUCUCAAAUUGCAAGACAUUAUUUUUUUUUAAAUUUUAUGCAAAACAGUGAAAACAAUUUGGGAUAAAAAUCCCUAAGACCUGAUGUAAGGUAUUCCCAAGGUCAAAUGUCCAACCAUAAAAUCUGACUUAAAGACCAUGUAGAGCAAGAAAAUGUUUUGCAGAGCUCUGUUGAAUAUUUUCAUUGUAAAACUAAACUGAAAACUAUUCAUACCACAUAAGAGGGUUUUUAAAAUGUAUCAAAUGACUAAAUUUUAUGCAACCAUUUAGGUUCAUUGAUUUUGAGUUUUAGCAAUGGGAAUGAAGUAAUUUUUCAGUCAUUAAAAAUGGUGAUCAAUAGGACUAUGGUAGGAAUCUUUGGAUAAAUAUGUGUACUUGAAGCUUGUACAUGUACCGUACCUUAUUCAGUGACUUUUUUAAACCUGUGCCUCCAAGAGUUAUUAAUUUAAAGAGUACAGUUGGAUAUGAAUGCUAGUUACUGAUAUUUUUUUCACUUCAUUCAUAAGCAGAAGCCCUUCCCUAUUAAAAUCCUACACAAAGAAGGUGAUGAUUUUAAUCUGUAUCAUUUGAUUGAUUCAGACGUUUGUUGUGUACAUGAGAAGGAAACAGUCAUGGUUAUUUGACUUAUGGUGUAAGAAAGAUCUCUCAUAAUUGUUUGUUAAGAGCCACUCUCUUACAGUGCAUUUGUAGUAGUCUUAAGCACUAUGAAAUGUCUCUGUUGCCAUACAUACCUGCAAGAGACUCGGAAAUGUUGCAAAAACAUUAUAUAAACUGUGUUAGAGGAUACAUUUAUGCAUGCAAGAAUAAAAAUAAUAGCUAUUGUAAAACAGGUAAUGUUCAGUUUGUGUAUUUAGAUUCCAUGGUUAGCAGUUUGUUGUGUGUGAAAAGAAGUCUGUAAAAUCUAGUCCCUUUCAUGCAAAUGUUAAAUGUACAUGUAUUUGAUAGUUCUUUCUGGAGUUUUCAACAUAAAAUACAGGGUGAUCUCUGGUUUACUGCAGUGUGUAACUUUUAAAAGUACAACUUUAUUUUCAGAAAUCAACUAUUAAGACUCUUUAAAAUACAGCUUUAUUUUCAGAAAUUAACUUGAAUGGACUCUCAUGGUUCGAGAAAAGUUAACAAAAAUAAUAGCUUGUUUGUUGUGUGCAUUGUGGAUUUCAGUUGAUUUUCCAAAUUGGGAUACAAAGUCUCGUACAUUUUUUCAACAUUAUUAAUGGUUUUUCAAUGGACUGUGUCAAAAAAGAUUGUCAUUAGAAAGAAACGGUUGUAUACGAUUGUGAGGAAAGAAUAACAGGUGAAAUCCAAUUUGUUUAAGAAAACCAAACUUAAAGCAUGCUUUCUGUUGAGUGUUAAUGUACUGUAACUUCAGCAUGAACAUUGACUUGGAACAUGCCUGGAAGUGUGUCAAGACCAAUAAAUUUAAAAUGAAAAAACA